CUUCCUUCCCCCUCCCUUCACAACUGACUCUCCGUGUUCUACUCGCGUUUAUAGCAGACAAUUCGAAACCAAGUUAACUUGUUUAAUUCAAAGAGAGAGAACUACGAGGAGAGAGAGAGAGAGAGAGGGAUCAAUUUUCUUUUUCUUUUUCUGCAGAGAGAGAGGGGGAAAAGAGCAUCCUUUUGGUUUCAAUCAAUCAUUUCCUUUUGUCACUGUAAUUGCUGCAAUCGGCCACUACCUUUGGAAACAGUCGAUUUGAAAACUUGGGUUUUUGAAUUGGGUGUAUUUUAGAUCUUGUUGUCUGGACAAGUUUAAUUCUUGAUUGAAUUUUGGUGGGGAAAAGUGAUUCUUGUUAAGGAUGCUUGUGGUGUAAUAUGGCACUCGUGUUUCUCACAGAAUCAGAGAAGAUGUCGUUUUACAUUGGUCGCGAGGCUUCAAAGUUAUGGAAGAGAUUUGGUGCGGAGAUUGCAACAGAGCUCAACCUCCUUGCUGAAAAUUGGAAAUACAUUUUAGGCGGCAUCGUUUGUCAGUACAUCCACGGGGUAGCAGCACGAGGGGUUCAUUAUUUUCAUCGGCCGGGACCAACACUUCAGGAUGUUGGCUUCUUUCUUCUUCCGGAACUUGGUCAAGAAAGAGCUUACAUUAGCGAAACAGUGUUCUCCUUCAUUUUUCUUUCUUUUGUCUUGUGGACUUUCCAUCCUUUCAUAUUGAAGACCAAGAAGAUAUACACAGUCCUGAUAUGGUGCAGGGUCCUUGCAUUUUUAGUCGCAUGUCAGUUUCUUCGGAUCAUAACUUUCUACUCCACUCAACUGCCUGGUCCAAAUUAUCAUUGUCGAGAGGGUUCGAAGCUAGCAACGUUGCCUCCCCCAAACAAUGUUUUAGAAGCUCUAUUAAUAGUCCCUCGUGGGGUUCUUUAUGGCUGUGGUGAUUUAAUAUUUUCAUCUCACAUGAUAUUCUCCCUGGUCUUUGUUCGGACAUACCAUAAGUAUGGUACUCGAAGUUUUGUUAAGCAGUUAGCAUGGUUAACCGUCGUAAUUCAAAGUUUGUUGAUUGUGGCAUCUCGUAAGCACUACACAGUUGAUGUCGUCGUGGCGUGGUACACUGUAAAUUUGGUUGUGUUCUUUCUCGACAAGAAGUUGCCAGAACUACCCGACCGUUCGAGUGCAUCUGCAGCAUUGUUUCUCCCACUGACCAAGGAUAACAAGACCAAGGAAGAGAAUCAGAAACUCUUGAAUGGGAAUUCUGGGGAUGCUGCCGACUGGAGACCAAGAACCCAGAUCAAUGGCAAGAUCAUGGAAGAAGGCAACGUCGUGCAUGUUGAAGCAGUCAUCAGCGGCGUCUAGUUGGUGAACAACUGCACAAGCGCCCGGUAAUACGCCACUUGUAAUCUUAGAUUGUCGAAUCGGUGUAGCGUUUAGCAACAAGUCCUCAACAAUGGGAUGAUGUAUCAUGAAUUAAUUUUUUUGUUUUUUUUGUUCUAAUUGCAUCAAUUAAUCAUUCUUGAUCAGCA